AUGACUUCUGUCGACCAAGUUUGCUAUGAAAUGAACAAAAUUUUUGAGUUGUGUCCAUCUGACAUUCAACGAAUUACAAAGUGCAGGGUUUUGUUAAACAGCGUCAUUUCAACAUGGUCGACCGAUAUGGUAGAAAUGUUGAAAGUAAUUGUCGAAUUCCUUGCUAAGGAUAAUGUCACUUUGUUCGUAUCCCGACAGAUGUUUUCCGAUUUAUGUAUGAAAGUCUUACCAUGGUUGCCUAAUGAACAGUCGAAACUGUUGGCUCAUUUUAUGAGAGAUAAAAUGCAACCGAGAGAAGUUGAUUUUGAAUACCACAUGUCCACUGUCUGUCACCAUUUAUCGUACAUUUACGAGAAAGAGGGAAAUUGGAAAGAAGCAGCAUAUUUGCUCGCCAGCAUCCCAGUGGAAUCGUAUUACAGAUUUUCUAUUGAUUAUGAAUUGGAUUUAUACAUGAAAAUUGCACGCCUGUUCAUGGACGCUGGUGAUCCGUGGAAGGCAGAGCCUUUCGUAAAAAAAGCUUCAUUGACGCAAAAUCUAACAUUAAACAAAGGUCUUCAUUUGAGUUUUAAAGUUUGUUUGGCACGAAUGAUGGAUUUUCGUUUUAAAUUUAUUGAGGCUGCACAGGAAUAUUAUGAACUGUCGCACUGUUCAUUAUUUAAAGAGAAUGAACGUUUGACAUCAUUGAAGAAUACAAUCGUCUGUACAAUUUUAUCAGUAACUGGUGAUAUUCGAAUGCAAUUGUUGAAAACGUUGUUCAAAGAUGAAAGAAGUAAAAUAUUCAUAAAAUUAUCAACCCUUGAAAAACUGAGAUUGGUUCGUCUUAUUAAACCAUCCGAAAUUGAUCACAUAGAUACAUUGUUGUUGCCACAUCAGAAGAUUAAAACAAGUUUUGUCAUAUUGACUGAAACUAUAGCAAAAAAUAAUAUUCAAGCGAUCAAAAAAAUUUAUAAAAAUAUAAGAAUUGAGUCACUUGGUCAUAUAUUGAAAAUGGAACCACAAAUAGCCAAGUCAAUAGUAGGAACAAUGAUAUCUGAAAAACGCAUAGAAGCUUUUAUUGAUCAUACAUACGGUUUAAUAAGAUUUAAAAGUAUAGCACCCCAAUGCCAAACGAAUUGGAAUCUUCUUAUAUGCAAUUUGAACCUGUAA